GGUGCUGGUCACGCACCCGCUUGUCACACUGGGGAUAAAAAUGGCGACCUCGAAGAGUUAGAGAAGGAAUGCGAGAGUGUCUCCCGGCAGUGACCUUCAGGGGGAAAUGUUUCCUCAGCAACGGCCUGAACCAAGGCCGGUGCUGUCUCAGGGCGCCGAAUGUCGAUAAGAUAUGCAGCCGGUUUCACUAAGUUAGACUAUGACUUUAACUUAGACAGCGGGUAUAGUCGGGCUUAGCAUAGACGUCUAACAAAUACUGUUGCACAAAGCAGUUAAGACUCCGACUAUCUUAAGUCGUACUAUACUGCAAAGGAUUGAGGGUAUUUUAAGACUCUUUUCAAAACAAAAAAAAAUGGCGGACAGUGGUCGUUCAGUGCCGUAUAGCCACUCGGAAAAUCUGGCUAUAUUAGAGGAAUUUAAUUCCUACAAAGACGUAUUAUUAGGCAAAUUCAGCGAAGAAUGUAGCAAUAAGAAAAAACAUGAAGUGUGGGAAAAAAUAACGUCGUCUGUGAAUAGCGUUAAUCCAUCUGCGAGAAGAGAUGUUGCUGCCGUGCAGAAACGGAAACUAAAAGUAACCACUGAAAUGGUCAUCAACAUUUAUGGCGACGAGUCACCCUUAUUCUGGGGAGUGAAAGGAGGAAAGGAGAGCGGAGUAACCGGCUUCGCCAGACCCAGCAGCAACUCCCCUAGCAACGUUGCUAGCAACGUUGAAGCUGAGGCUCCUUCACCCUCGGAGUUGUCAUCACCCAGUACCUGCGCGGAUGUGACACUACACGAAGAGCCUACCGAUCAGAAGGAAAUUACAGUUUCCUUGAUCCCUGAACCGGUUGUGGAGGACUCCCAGACAUCUGCCACCACCACCAGAACCACCACCAUGGCCAUGGUGCUUGACAAGCAAUACAACAACCUUCAUCUGGAGGAGAAAAGAUUAAGGUCUUGCAGCUCCAAAAGGAAAGACUGCAACUUAAAUUGAAGAGACUCGCGCAGAUGGAGGACUGAUGUAGUAAUGUGUGUGUGUGUGUGUGUGAGUGUAUGAGAGAGAGAGAGUGAUGAGUGGUGAUGUAAUUA